GGGCACACGAUGGCUGCGAGCGAGGUGGUCUACAUGGUAUUGGAGAUAGUCACCGCUGUGAGCUGCUGUCUGGGGAAUGCUUCGGUUGUUCUGGCACUUUGGCUCAGUAAUAGUCUGAAGCAGCCCACCUUCUGUCUGAUAGCCUCUCUGGCUGUGGCCGACUUCUUGGUGGGUUGUGUGGCUAUUCCUCUGGCUGUGUUGGUGGACGGACAGGUGACUACAUCAUUCCCAACGUGUCUCGUCAUCUGCUGCGUGGUCAUCCUGCUGACCCUCGUCUCGGUUCUUUCUCUGGUCGCCAUUGCAGUGGACCGGUAUCUGCGUGUGUUUUUUCCUCUCAGAUACAAACUGACCGUGACUAAGAAACAUUCCUGGAUUGCGGUCGCAGUUUGUUGGAUGGUUGCAGUACCUUUGAGUUUCACUGCCAUGCACAGUAUGGAGAGCAGACGGCCCUCAAGCAACACCACCGAUGUUUGUCGCUUCAUCAGAGUGAUACCAAUGUCCUAUCUGGUCUAUUUCAACUUCUUCCUCUGCACCCUGACACCUCUAAUCGUCAUGGCCAUCUUGUACAUCUGCAUCUUCUGGCGCAUCCGUGGAAGCCUCCAAAAAAAACCAGGCAGCAGCAGCAGACAUGACAAUUCCAGGGACUACCUCAAGAAGGAAAGGGAGCUAGCAGGCUCUCUGCUGGUGGUCUUGGUGGCCUUCGCCCUCUGCUGGCUGCCGUUGCAUAUCAUGAACUGCAUAGCUUAUUACAGAACGCCUGUGCAUCAGUCGUUUUUCCAUGUUGGUAUUUUUCUCUCUCAUGCCAACUCGGCUGUGAACCCAGUGAUAUACGCAUUAAAAAUAAAAAAGAUCCGAAGACAAUACCAUCAAAUAUGGAGGAAGAAGUUCACUUGCGCAGAGCAGAGUCAAGAAUCUCAGACGCCGGAGCGCAACAUCAGCACCAACAUGAACAGUUAGGGAAUAUUAAAUAGAAACAAGAAGAUCCAGGAACUGAACACCUCCGGUUUCACAACACAUAUCUUUGUUUCUGUUCCUCGAUUCGUCCUUGGUGUUUUGAAAAGAAAUCUUCACACUGUUUUGUGGAAAUGUCACUUGUUUAGAGGAAUGGAGAACAGCUGAGGUGGUUUCAAUUCAUAUAGACUGCUACCGUUUUGCUUUGUUUGGAUGCCUGUCUUGAAACUAAACAGGUGUCUCAGCUCCACCCAGAUUUUAUGCAGCGGUGGUUUCUGUGAAAGGAAGUUUUUCUUGGCCUGCAGUCUUGUUGGUGUGCAGGAACGUUGCGUUUCACCACUCUGU